GAAGAAAGAUGACGUAAGCCACAUUCCAGCCUUAAGGGCAGAGAGGGCUGGGGGGGGAGUUGGGGUGGGACCAGAAGGAAAGCUAUGCCGGGAUCUUUGAGGCGGCCGCCUGCAAACAGGGUCCUUGUGUCGCAGUUCACCCAUCACCAUGUUGCCGUGUUCCUCCUCACUUUCUUCAGCUACUCUCUGCUCCACGCCUCUAGGAAGACCUUCAGCAAUGUCAAGGUCAGCAUCUCCAGCCAGUGGACCCCCUCCGACCUUAACGACACGGCCCUUAAACUCCAGCCGUAUGAGCUAUGGAACAGCAGCCAUUUAUUUCCUAACACCGGAGAAGCCACUCUCUUCCUUGGGACGCUGGACACCAUCUUCCUGUUCUCCUAUGCUGUGGGGCUCUUUGUCAGCGGGAUCGUUGGGGAUCGUCUGAAUAUGCGCCUGGUCCUCUCGUUUGGCAUGUGCUCCUCUGCGUUAGUGGUGUUUGUCUUUGGGACGGUCUCGGAAUGGCUGCAUUUCUACCACAAGUGGUUCUACUGCUGCCUGUGGAUUGUGAAUGGCUUGCUGCAGUCCACUGGCUGGCCCUGCGUGGUGGCUGUCAUGGGAAAGUGGUUCGGCAAAGCUGGGAGGGGUUUUGUGUUUGGCCUCUGGAGCGCCUGCGCAUCGGUUGGCAACAUCCUGGGAGCGUUCCUUGCAUCCUCGGUUCUGCAGUACGGCUAUGAGUAUGCAUUCUUGGUGACGGCAUCGGUACAGUUUGCUGGUGGAGUUAUUGUCUUCUUUGGCCUUGUGACGUCUCCCAAAGAAGUAGGCCUCCCCGAAGCUGGCGAAGAGGGUGAUGGUGUUGGGGCUGCUGAAGAAGAUGUCAGUGAGCCCUUAAUGGGUGGGAGCGACAACUACGACGAAGAUGAUCAAAAUUACACCGUUCAGACUGCUGAUCCGAGCAGUAUCCCCCAACCCAAAGCUAUUGGGUUUUUCCAGGCUUGUUGCCUGCCCGGUGUGAUGUUGUAUUCCUUGGCCUACGCCUGCUUGAAACUGGUGAACUACUCCUUCUUCUUCUGGCUGCCCUUCUACCUCAGCAGCAACUUUGGGUGGAAGGAGGCAGAAGCCGACAGGCUCUCCAUCUGGUACGAUGUCGGGGGGAUUGUAGGUGGCACCAUCCAAGGCUUAAUCUCUGAUAUGCUGCAGAAGAGAGCUCCGGUGCUAGCCAUUAGCCUCAUCUUGGCGGUUGGGUCUCUCUUUGGAUACAGCCGGUCACCAAACAACAAAGUCAUCAAUGCCGUUAUCAUGGCUGUCACAGGUAAGAGAUCAACAUCUCCCAGCUCCAUGUUGUCAGCUGCCGAGCAGUGCAUGGUAGGCAGGGAAAAUAGCAUGAAGAAAGAAGAAAAAGUCUCAUUUGUGUGUUCUGCAUCCCUUGAUGGCCUUUCAACUCUCGAAUGUGUUGUGUUUCUGUUUCAGUACCUGGUGUCCUUGAUCCAAGAAAAGCUGGGAUGGAUGUGGGUUUUCUAUUUCUUCAUUUUAAUGACGAGUUCAACCGUCCUGUUCAUCACACCAUUGAUUGUGAGGGAAAUAAGUGCGCUGCUGAGAGAGAGACCCGCACUCAGGUUGGCUGGCUGACUGUCCUGGUCACUGUUACAUGGAGCCCUUCAGGGAAGGCCAGCGAAGAGAGAGCGCUUAUUGGAAUUUCCCACGGUUCACGUGUACCUUUUGUUUUCUUUUUAACCAUCUGCUGAGGUCAGAGUUGGUUGAAAAUAACUCUGAAAGGAUUUGCUGCUGGACGGUUGUUGAUACGUGAAUGGUUUAAUCCAUCUGAAGAUGUGCUGUGGUCUUCUGCGGGAGUGUGCUUCUUGACGAGCUUGUUGACUGGGCCAGAGAGGAUUGCUUUCUUUUCAGUUAUACCUCACGUUCUCAGGGCCGGCUCGUGCAAUCAUCAGAAUCGAACGGUGAAGAUGUUCCCGGAAUGGAGUGCUUCAGGUUGCUGGUGGCUGGGAACAUACGUUGUGAAUGUUUCCUCACAAGCCAAAACUCCUUGUCCCUAGAAAAGUGGUGUGUCUGGGAGAGGAGUUUAGGUUUGCCCUCUUCCUGUUGGGCUAGGCGGGUCUGUGUGAAGGAAGCUUUUAUGGGUGGUUGGAAAGCAUCCACGUGUACAACCUCUCCUCAUGCAGCCACAAGGGGUACAGUCCAGGAAACACUUCAACUGCUCGUUUCUGUGUGAAUUGGCCCUCCUAAAUUCUUCGUGCCAUCUGUCUACUUGCAUUUUUGUGCUGUGUUCAAACACCUUACAGUGACCAGAGGCACAAAACUGACAGCCUUUUUUGCUACUUCUUUAGCAAAUGGGGUAAAAAAAAGAGAGGCCCUUUUGUUACUUGACACUAAAGCAUCACUUUCUGUCCACUUUGUGCCACUUGGUCGUUGGCUUUUUGGAAGCUGACAGAACCGGCUGUCUGCUUCCUGCCUGGCCCUAUCAUUACGAAGUGGACAUCAGGAAACCUUGAAUCUGUGGAAGCAGCCCAGGUCCUUACUAGCCUGCCAGAAGAAAGUAGAGGUUGUGUUUUUAUUUCCGUUUUAAAUAUCUGUCCCAUUCAGCUAUCGUGAGCUGUUUUCUCUCCAACAAUGCCGGACACAUUCCAUGCUUGAUGAAUUCUUCUGUCGAUGUGCCUGCAGUGUGAGAAAUGAGGGUGUGUCUUUGGAGACGUGCGUACUAAGCAUUUCUUAGAAAAAGUAGUCAGUUUACCAUGGUCCUUAAUUUUAAGGUGAUUGUUGAUGAUAGGAUUUUGAAUGCACUUGAGAGACUGGUAGGAAAGGGGGGAGGGAGCUCUGAAUUACCCGAGUGUUAUCCAUUUCUGAACAGCAAAAAUGAUUUGCUGUCCUGUGUUGGAGACACUUUGCGAUCCUCAGAGGCCUGCUUCCUCAGUGAGGAAUUAUCCAAGAGAAUAUGGCUGAUCUGUCCUUUCGUCUGCACCAAAGAUUUUCUGCUGGUGAAACACGUAAAAAAGGAUGGGGAUGCUCUCAGAACUGUUGUCAUGUUCUCUUUCUCACCCCCUCCCCCAGUCUAGUGUUUAAUUAAGCUUCCCUUGUACCAAGUAUCAUUCUGCUGAGAGUCCAAUAGCACCUUUGAGACCGACCAAGAUUUGGGGA